UUACUUUGGAAGAAGUCAACUCCCAAAUAGCCCUAGAAUACGGCCAGGCAAUGACGGUCCGAGUGUGCAAGAUGGAUGGAGAAGUAAUGCGUAAGUGCUGCCCUCCUCCCUUCAGGUUAUGUGGUCCAGGCUUUCACAGCAGGAAGAUUUAACAGUGCUGGUCAGCCUGCUCAGAAACUCACAGGCCACGCCCAGGGGUACUGGGGCAACCACAAACCUGCCCUGUGCACAGAGUUCUGGGUUCCUUUCCUGCCGUCGGAGGCUAUGGCUUUGGGUUCUCACCAUGGAUCUUCUCCCAUCUGUGUCCGUGGUUGCAGCUGUGGUCGUAGUGCAGAGUGCUACAGUCCUGGACCUGAAGAAGGCCAUCCAGAGGUACGUGCAGCUCAAGCAGGAGCGAGAAGGGGGCAUUCAGCACAUCAGCUGGUCCUAUGUGUGGAGGACGUACCAUCUGACCUCUGCAGGAGAGAAACUCACAGAAGACAGAAAGAAGCUCCGAGACUACGGCAUCCGGAAUCGAGACGAGGUUUCCUUCAUCAAAAAGCUGAGGCAAAAGUGAGCCUCCAGACAGGACCACUCUCUUCAUCACUGGUGGCUGAGCCUUUUCCCAGCAGGAUGGGGUCCUCGAGUCAUUGUGCCUCUUUCACAGAAAGGAUGUUGUGGUGGCCUCACCCCAGGCAUGCCCAACAGGAACUGUCAGCAUAAACCUGGGGGCCCUCAGGACUAGGCCAGGGUGAGCCAGUGCUCCGUUCUUUCAUGUACUUGGCCUGAGACUGACCUCUCCCUGGGUCCAAAUACCCUAGUCACAUGGCAGAGCCACGGCCUGGCCCUAUGUAUAACAUAAACCUGUUUGCUUCUUAGUUUGAAAAGUGAAAAGUCACAGUAACCUGGGUAGCAAAGACUGAGAUUGCCCCAUCACAGAUUUGAGUUAAGGGGAGCGAAUUGGUACAGGUGAGUCCUAUAGUCCAAGAUGGCACCACACCACCAAAGCCUUGAGGCCACACCACUCCCCAAACCACACAACUGUGUUACCAUGAUCUCCACAGCAAGGAGGAAAUCAAAGCAGAGUGGCUUUAGGGU